AUGCAGGUCCAGACUCUCAUGCUUAAUGAUACCGAGUGUCCCACACCAGCCUCAUCACAUCACCUAGCAGAAGCACUGUGUUCUAUGCCAAACCUAAGUGACCUGACACUUGACAGGUACAAUGAAGAGUUCUUCUCUACAUUGAAAGCAAAGGCAUCAUCCUUACAGGGUUGUUUUCCUCAGAUUAGCAAGGGAAACUUCAGGUUCAAUGGAGAAGCUCAAGCUGACUUGAAUUUAUUUCUUCAAACCCUCCCAUGUUCGCAAAGCUGGGAACGCAUUCGCUCAGGUGACUCGGAUUACUCUGACUACUCAGGUGACUCGGAUGACUCUGACAACUCAGGCAACUUAAAUGACUCGGAUGAUUCGGACAAGUCAAAUGACUCGGACAACUCGGCUGACCCUCAAUGGGAACCCAGAAGGAUAUUACCUUCAUCGGACCACCCUCAGCAGCAUGUUGGUAAUACUCCACAUACUGUAUCUCGAUUCACUCAGACAGAUAUGUAGUAGUAGUCGGAGCAGGCCUUACAAGAUGCAAGUUCCUUGUACUCAGUCAAGACUUCCACAGGAUGAUCCUGAAAUUCCAGAGAAGCAAUCAAAGUAUGAAGUCUAGUUGCUAUUUCUGUAGAGUUAAGAGAGUGUCCCACUGGUAACACUUCAUCUUGACUUUGUAU